UCCCUAUGGGGAAACGAGACGCCUCCUCAUAAAGGCAUGGCACAUUUUUUGUGGAAGGUAGACGCUAGUAGCUUUCCGUUCAUAGUAGGCUACCACCGCCCGAGCGGCCGAGUUCCCCCGCGUCUGACUGUAGGCUAAUGAUGUCCUUCCACUGAAUACGACACCGACAGUUUUGACUGCAUUUUCGCGAUUAGCUGUUCCACAUUGGGACUUCUUCUAAACUGAAUCAAAGCUGGCUUUAGCUGUCUUACCUUUCGAUUCUGUCUUUCUAUUCGCUAGACUUCCUACUCGCCUAGCCACUCAUCUUUCCCGCAGAAUAUCUGCUGCAGUCGACAAAUAAAACCGAUUAUUCGCAGAUUGCGUUUACAUCUGGACACGCUCGGGAGAUUUGAGGCCUACUAUUAGCCUAUCUCUAUUGUAAAGAAGAAAACGUCUGCGUGUUUUUGCGACUAUAUAAUGCCGACACAUCUGAGAUUUCGGAGAAGGUCAUUCCUUGGGCUUAUAUUCCUCUUCUCACUGUCCACCACUGCAUUGUACUUCAUCUAUUCAGCGCCUGGUAUCGUAAAUGAGUACCUGUUUAUGGUGCAGGCCACAGGGAUUCACAUCAAGGACAACGUGAAGAAUAUCGGUGUUCAAGUUCUAGAGCAGGUGGUCAGAGGUGGUUACAAUAUCAAUGGCACAGAUUAUACCUAUGACUUCAACCUGAGUGAGAGUGAUGUGCCGCCCACCACAUACCUCCCCGACAGCUUCACCUAUUUGUCCUCACAGAUUUGCCCAGAGAGACUGCCCUCCAUGAAGGGGAGGCUGGAGGUGAAUAUGAGUGAGAUGGCUCUGGAGGAUGUGGAGAGGGUUCUGUUGAAUGCUGAGCCUAGCAUGACCCUGGGGGGCUACUGGAAGCCCAGGGACUGUGUCCCACGCUGGAAGGUGGCGAUACUGGUCCCAUUCCGAAACCGCCAUGAGCACCUGCCUAUCUUACUCAGACACCUGAUACCAGCACUACAAAGACAGAGGCUACAGUUCGCCUUCUAUGUUGUAGAGCAGGUUGGUAGUGAGCCCUUCAAUAGGGCCAUGUUGUUUAACGUGGGUUUCCGGGAGGCUAUGCGGGACCUGGACUGGGACUGUAUGGUGUUCCACGAUGUAGACCACAUGCUGGAGAACGACAGGAACUACUACGGCUGUGGAGACAUGCCUCGCCACUUCGCUGUCAAACUCAACAAGUACUCCUACAUGCUUCCGUACAAUGAGUUCUUUGGUGGCGUCAGUGGUCUAACAGUGGAACAGUUCACCAAGAUCAAUGGCUUUCCCAAUGCAUUCUGGGGCUGGGGAGGAGAAGACGACGACCUUUGGAACAGGGUGCAGUAUGCUAACUACACGGUCAGUCGGCCGCAGGGAGAGUUGGGCCGUUACAUGUCAAUCCCACACCACCACCGUGGCGAGGUGCAGUUCCUGGGAAGGUACACUCUUCUAAGGCGCUCUAAGGAGAGACAGAGUCUGGAUGGGCUCAACAACCUGCGGUACUCCCCCCUAUUGUCCCGGAGGCCUCUCUACACCAACAUAUCAGUCAGCCUGAGCAGGAAGCUAGCCCCUAUAGCAGACUAUAACUGACCAGGAAGCAGCGGGCCACACAGCCCUCCGGGGAAACGAAGUCAUUAUGGACGUCAGCCAUAUCUCACCAGUCACAGCACUCCUUAGGACUUUUUAGUUCAUUUACUUUGAUUCAGUUUUUUAAGCAAAAAAGACAUGCAGAACGGUGUUGAUUGAUCAAUCCUCGUGACAUGUAAGGAGAAAGCCGCACUCGUUUUGUGCUGUGGUCCAUCAAUCGCUUCUAUCAUCCGGGCUUCUCCACUCUUCUGUCUCCACCUGCCCUCCACACCAUUUUGGGCCUUUAGCAUUCAUUCUUUCAUUAAUUUGUUCAGUAAGUCAUUAAUUCACUCAUGGAGACAAUGGCAACUGUAACCAUAAGGGAAACAGAAACACGUUCCCUCUAUAGGGCUGUGGUGUGGAGGGGACAGUAGUGUAGUUUGUGUAUGUGGCUGAAGGAGUUAGGUUGUACACACAAAUCUGCUGACACAGUCCCUAGGCUUUGAUUUUAUUUUGACCUUGAAUAUUUGACCUGAAUAUUUUUCAUUGACUUAUUAAACCUGUGAAAAACAGACACACACAGAGUAGGUCCUCACAGCUGGCUCUGUGUAGGACAUGGAGGGAGAGAGAGACGCUGUGGACAAAGGUAUAACAUUAGCUUGAGACUGACUUGUGUGCAGAGUGGCUGACUGGUCACAGUAGACACACCUUUAGCUAAAUAAACAUACUAGCCUAGCAAAUUGAAAAUCUUUGACAGUACAGUGUGAGUGAGAGAGGGAUAGCUAUGUAUGUGUGAGUGAGAGAGGGAUAGCUAUGUAUGUGUGAGAGAGAGAGGGAUAGCUAUGUAUGUGUGUGAGAGAGAGAGGGAUAGCUAUGUAUGUGUGAGAGAGAGAGAGGGAUAGCUAUGUAUGUGUGUGAGAGAGAGGGAUAGCUAUGUAUGUGUGAGAGAGAGAGAGGGAUAGCUAUGUAUCUAUGUAUGUGUGUGAGAGAGAGGGAUAGCUAUGUAUGUGUGUGAGAGAGAGAGGGAUAGCUAUGUAUGUGUGUGUGAGAGAGAGAGGGAUAGCUAUGUAUGUGUGUGAGAGAGAGAGGGAUAGCUAUGUAUGUGUGUGAGAGAGAGAGAGGGAUAGCUAUGUAUGUAUGUGUGUGAGAGAGAGAGGGAUAGCUAUCUAUGUAUGUGUGAGAGAGAGAGGGAUAGCUAUGUAUGUGUGUGUGAGAGAGAGAGGGAUAGCUAUGUAUGGGUGUGUGAGAGAGAGAGGGAUAGCUAUGUAUGUGUGAGAGAGAGAGAGAGGGAUAGCUAUGUAUGUGUGACAGAGAGAUAACUAUGUGUGAGAGAGAGAGAGGGAUAGCUAUGUAUGUGUGAGAGAGGGAUAGCUAUGUAUGUAUGUGUGAGAGAGAGAGGGAUAGCUAUGUAUGUAUGUGUGUGAGAGAGAGGGAUAGCUAUGUAUGUGUGUGAGAGAGAGGGAUAGCUAUGUAUGUGUGAGAGAGAGAGGGAUAGCUAUGUAUGUGUGAGAGAGAGAGGGAUAGCUAUGUAUGUGUGAGAGAGAGAGGGAUAGCUAUGUAUGUGUGAGAGAGAGAGGGAUAGCUAUGUAUGUGUGAGAGAGAGAGGGAUAGCUAUGUAUGUGUGAGAGAGAGAUAGCUAUGCACAUGGGCUUGUCAGCAUCCUGUUUUCACUGCUUUGAGAGAUUUCUGAUGUCAGACACAUGUUUAGUGAGUCUCCUAAACUGAAAUGUUCACUAUUCACAUCAUGUCAUGCAGUUUAAGCCUGUCUCCCAAUUCACACUCUUUUCCCUAUAGGCCUGUGUGUUCCACAAUCAUGUGUAACACUGUAUAGGAAUAGGAUGAUGUUUGAGAGGCAGUCUAAAACUAGAGACCCUGUUCUAUCCCCUUUACCCUAAACAGAAAUGUUUAUUCAUCUAUAGGGUCAUUUGCGAUGGAGCUUGCAGAGGCACUUUCUCUAGUGUCUAUUUAAAGAGACACUGCACUGUGUUUGCAGCUGCUUUGUGUAAUGUCAUUCUGACGUUGGUUAGACACCGUGGCAACGCUUUCCAGCCCCCCAUCCUGCUGGACUAUGAUGACGGUGCCCUUAGGCACUGCUCAAAGGUCAGAAAGUAACUGUAGACACAGAUUAAGUCAUUAGCAGUGGUUAAUCUUUAGCCAGUGUGUGUGUCUGUGUGUGGGAAAAGUCUGAAUACUGGGGUUUGUGUUUGGGUGGUAUGCUACAUGAGACCUCACAAACUAAGGUACAUACACCACUCCAAAUAUCUCCAGCAAUUCCAGCCCUUCGUCUUCUCGUCUGUGCAGAUAUGUGUAUUUUUGUAUUUGUAGUUUUUAAGGAUCUCCAUUAGCUGCUGCUAUGGCAACUCUUCCUGGGGUCCAAACAAAUGAAGGCAAAAAUAAAACGGUACAUCAUACAACAUUAUUACAGUAGAACAUUUAUAAUCCCAUCAUACGUAUGUGUGUGUAGAGUGCAUGUGCUAGCGUGUGUGUGUGUGUGUGUGUGUGGCAGUGUGUGGCAGUGUGUGGCAGUGUUUGAGUGAAUUCGUUUUGUCACAGUACUGAAGUAACAUCAAAUGUGGUCCUACUGUUGUCUCUGUUCAAAUGCCUAUAUUCCAACACACCGGCCCCUCCACGUCUUGGUGUCUCUAUAGCUUUAAUAUACUGAUAGUUCAUUUCACACACAUCGCCUUGUCAAAUCAUUGACUUUCUUCAGAUGUAUCAUUUGGGAAAAAAGUUUUUUUGUGUUCCCAUGAUAUGACGGAGGCGGGACCUCCUUUUAUUUAUUUAAUCUUUUAAAGAUGACUUCCUGUGAUUGAUUGAUUUUUGUUGUGGUGAUGAUGAUGAUGAUUCAGUAAACUUGCUGUGAGACAGGCUGUGUUAGAAGCACUGAAACUUGUGGUUGUGAGAUUGAAAGUUCAACCUGUGUGGAAAGAUGUUCCAAAUGAACCCCUGCCCCUAAACUCUAUGCACUUAGAUCUGAAACAAUUAGCAAAAUGGUAACGGCUCCACCUUUUUUUAAAUGCUAGUUGGAAUGUCUGCCAUAUUGCUUAUACCUGUCCAAUCCACUUGGAUCUACACACAUGCAUAGAGAUUAGGAUAUAGAGGUUAAUUUUGGAUUUUAUAUGUUCGUUAAAUCAGCUGAACCGGCAAUGUAGACGUAGGCCAUUUUGUGUGACAACCACAGGAAGAGGAAGACGCCUAAUUAUAAAGUCACUUCCUCCUGCUAAGCACCUUCUGUUUCUUCAUCGAUAAUCAAUGGUGCUGAUCUGCUUGCCCUUCGAUUGGGGGAGCCACUCACUACGUGCUGCCUGGGAACCAAUCCUGUGUGUAGAUAGCUACAGGAAGUACCCCUCUUAUUGGUUCAUCCUUCCUCUUUUUAAUGUCACCCAACUAGAAGCAUGUGUUUACUUACCUACUGUGGCCAAUCACGUUGGAGGUGCUUAGUGGAGAGUUGUUGACAUUAGCUGCUAGUUUCUCUAAAGUCUUCCUCUUCGAGUGUGUUUGAUUGAAAUGGUGGAGCCUGUCAAUGCCAGGGGCCCAGGUGUCAUUUACAAGAGGUUGUUUUUUUUUGUUUGUAAAUAUUUAGGUUUUGUUUGUUUUCAAGCUCUGCUCUGCUCAGAGAGCCUGAGUUUGUAGGCUGGAGUGUUCUGAUUCGAGCCCUAAGGUUUCCACUACUGCUGGAGGAGGAGAGGAAUAAAACCCAGUAGUAGUGCUAUCACCCUGCUGUCACUUCUAGGUUAACCCCAGACCUUCAAGGUAAGUCCCAGUCCAGAGCCGAGGCCUGCAGCCUCUGGUCCUGUUCCUUUGCCUUGAACCAGUGACCUAGACCUGGGAAACCAAGUAAACAUGUACUGUAGUAUACUGUCUUGUCAGUGACAUUGGUUGGUCUUUACAGUGCUGCAGCUCUCGAGGAUUAGGACUGGGGACACCUUGGUUUAGGCAUGGUCUUACGUCAGAUAGCCCAACGAUCGUCUUAACGGCGUGUCCCGUUAGAAUAACGCCAUCUGCCGGAAGACAAUGGGGUUUAGAUUGUUGUUGUAACUGAUCCUGUGUCAGUGUGGUAAUCCCAGAGCUCAGCCAGGGUGUGCUGCAACGCCCUGGUCUUGUCAGGCUCCUCUCUGACCGAGCAGAGCCAUGAUCUGAUCCAUUCUGUGCCAGUCCAAAUGAAGGGCUCAGUGCUGCUCCGCCCUGGUAUGACUAGCCACUAUUAUUAUUCUGUCUAGAUGUACAUGUAGCAGACUGGAUAAUCAUGGAGGCUAGUCGUCUCAGAGAUGGGUACUGACGCCCUGACAGACUGGCAAGCCUUAAUAAAAACCUCUAAUUUAUUUCACUGUUUUCACACGCUUACAUUUUUUUAUGAGCAAAUCUAUUUAAAUUGAUGGAAAAGGUGCAUAUAAGAUAAAUGUCCACUCUGUAAAUAUUAUUGUCUAGUGUUAUUGAAAAGAGAAAUUAAAGGUCUUAAAUCCCUACAAAUGCUUAACGAACAAGGGGUUCCGCUGAGUUCCUUCUGGUGCCAUGGACCUACUUACCCUCAUCAAGCGCUACAUAAUCACUUUCACGUUAUUGGUUCCAAACUCAUUGUAGAUAAGGAAUAAUGUAAGGGUUAGUCCAUCAGCAUUAGAACCCAUCAGCAUUCUGGUAUAGUUCCCAUUGUCAUGAAGUAGAUGAUGUGGGUCAUCUCAGUCGUCUAUAGUGGUAAGGUGUAGGUGUAGCUUAUAGGCAGUGCUUGACUUGGGGAGGAGCUCACCAGAGCCGAGUACUGGCACCUCAAAUGUUCUCCUGCUUGAGCUCCUGUUCCUCUUAUAGAAUAUCAGCACAAAAGUAUUGUGGAGCUCCUGCACCUAAAUAUAAACGGUACCGGCACCCAAAAUGAGUACUCAAAUCUAUUUCAGUCCAAGUCAAGUACUGCUUAUAGGGUAUAGGGAGAACUACAUCAGCCAGAAACACCAUUAUGUUUAUAGUAAUGGGACAAGGAAGCGAAACCAUGUUCCAACUGCUACCAACUCCAGAUUAUACACCCCCAAAAUGUGUUUUUGUAUAAAGGCAAAUUAAAAGAUGAAUAAAUACAUGACUAUAUUACUAAUAUAUCUUUCUCUGAUUGUAAGGACUUUAUUUCUCCUUGAAUUGAAGCCAUUUGAAGCCACUUGUAAAACUCGAUGUCAGCCUUAUAUCUGUCUGUCUGCAUUCUUUUGUAUGAUUUUUUUUUUACCAUCGUUAUUGUCAAAGUACACCAAUAAAAUUAACUUUAAACGA